AGGAAGGGGAGAAGGAGGUGUGGUUGCGGUCGUGCACGUGUCGGGGUGUGUGCGUGGUGCGUGUGGUUGCAGCAUUGCGUGCGUGUGGUCCCGGGGUGCACGUGAGAGCCGUCACCGCCCGCGCAGGAGUGUGUGUGCACGUAGGUGCAUCCCGGUGCUGCAGGUGUGUGCGUGGGUACCUGUGCCGGCCGUCCCCGUGCCCUCGUGCCGUGGAUCUUUGCUGUCUCCUCGGGUGGUGGGGGCCGUGGUGCUGCUGGGGGCUCCCAUCCCAAUGGGCUGCUGGGGGCUGAGGUGGUGGUGCUGCUCCUGUGCUCUUGGACCUGUUGCGAAGAGGGAAACUGAGGCGCAGCUGGAACGCGGCCCUGUCCAGGGUUUGGGGGUACCAGGGGGUGCUGGGGGCUGCGCAGUGGGACAGGGAACCCCCACACCCGCGGCGUCCCCAGGGCAGAGAGCUGGCGCGUGGCAGAGCUUGGUGCCGAGGGCACCGUGCCCGUCUGUCCCUGCUCAAUGGGGCUGUUGUGCCGGGUGCCAGCCGGGAUCCCGGCACUGGAAGCCACGGCGGAAGCUCUUUGGGCAUGGCCACAAUGCAGCAGGAGCUGGCUGUCCCGUGUCACCUUGGCACACCGGUGGUUGUGGAGGGGUCCAUCUCUGUGUCCCCCAGCUCCCCGCAGGGUCUGGCAGCCGGGUGUGUUUGUGGGGCUCACGGUACACUCACAGUCCCUUGUGGCUCAUGGUCAGCGGCGUGGUGCCCAUCACCCUGGCAUCACGCCCACCACCUCCCCUUUGGGAGCACAGGGCCGGAUGUCCCCCCUCCCUCCUCGCUUCCUGAGGGGGGAAACUGAGGCCUGGGAGCUUUUCCCAGGGCCGGAGCGAGUUUCCAUGGCAAUGGGAGCCGGGGUCCGCUCUCCCAGGCGGUGCAGCUGCCGAGCACCCGCCGAACAAGAGAGAAAGCAGCACAUUGAUCGGAGCCCGGCCCCCUGGGCGCACGGCCCAGAGCUGGGCCAACGCGCAGCUAAAAUAAACCCUCCUGGGACAGGAGCCGGGCCGCUGCUCGAAGCCCCCGGGACCCACAAACAGCGACUGCCGGGGAGCGAAGCCGUGGGCACCGAUCGGGAAAACGCCGCAGCUCCAACACUAUUGCUUUUGGGAAGGGGAGGGCAGGACGGCCGGGAAGGAGGGCACGACGGAAGCAGGAGGAGGAGAAGCGCAGCGCUGCGUCCCGCUGCCCGCCCCUGUGCCGCAGGGAUGCCCCGAGCCCUCUGCGUGUGCUGCGGGAUGCGUGGGGCGGCCGUACCCGGGUGGCGUCCAACAAGCCGUUCCCCGGCCGGGCUCACGCCCCUAUAAGGUCCCCUGGUUCUGCUGGGCUCGCUGUGCCCCACAGACGCUGACACCCGCAGGGGGGUACCCUGAGCACAUUGGGCCGCUGGGCCGAGGCUGCAACCAAACAGGAUGCGACGCUUCGAGACUCUGCGCCGUUCCUUCCCCUUCCUCGCUCGCUUCCGCGUCUACCGAAAGCUGAGCUGUAGCAUGCAGGCAGAAGAGGGCACGGACUGGCUGCUGGAGCUGCUGACUGAGCUGCAGCUGCAGCAAUACUUCCUGCGCAUCCGGGACGAGCUUAACGUCACCCGCCUGUCCCACUUUGAGUAUGUCAAAAAUGAGGACCUGGAGAAGAUUGGCAUGGGGCGCCCUGGCCAGCGGCGGCUGUGGGAGGCGGUGAAGCGGAGGAAAGCCAUGUGCAAGCGGAAAUCUUGGAUGAGCAAGGUGUUCAGUGGGAAGCGCCCCGACUCAGAGCUGCCACCUCAGCCCCACAGCACCUUCCGCAAGCCCCCAACGCCGCCCCCCCCGGACACGGGGGGUCAGCACUCCCUCACCUGCCUCAUCAGGGAGCGGGACCUGUCGCUCUUCGAGAAGUUGGGCGAUGGCUCCUUCGGUGUGGUGCGUCGCGGGGAGUGGUGCACGCCUGCUGGCAAGACGCUCAACGUGGCUGUGAAGUGUCUGAAGACGGAUGUGCUGAGCCAGCCGGAGGUGCUGGAUGACUUCAUUCGCGAGGUGAACGCCAUGCACUCGCUGGACCACAAGAACCUCAUCCGCCUCUACGGCGUGGUGCUCUCCCACCCCAUGAAGAUGGUGACAGAGCUGGCCCCUCUGGGCUCCCUCCUGGACCGUCUGCGGAAGAACCAGGGCCAUUUUCUCAUCUCCACGCUAUGCCAGUAUGCCAUCCAGGUGGCCAAGGGCAUGGCCUAUCUGGAGUCCAAGCGCUUCAUCCACCGAGACCUGGCUGCCCGCAACAUCCUGCUCGCCUCCAACGAGCUGGUCAAGAUUGGAGACUUUGGGCUGAUGAGGGCUCUGCCCAAAAAUGACGACCACUACGUGAUGCAGGAGCAUCGUAAGGUGCCCUUUGCCUGGUGUGCUCCUGAGAGCCUAAAGACACGCACCUUCUCCCAUGCAAGUGACACUUGGAUGUUUGGGGUGACGCUAUGGGAGAUGUUCACCUACGGGCAGGAGCCAUGGAUUGGCCUCAAUGGCAGCCAGAUCCUACACAAGAUUGAUAAGGAGGGUGAGAGGCUGCCGCGGCCCGAGGACUGUCCCCAGGACGUCUACAAUGUCAUGCUGCAGUGCUGGGCUCACAAGCCUGAGGACCGGCCCACCUUCGUGGCCCUGCGUGACUUCCUGGUGGAGGCCCAGCCCACCGACAUGAGAGCUCUGCAGGACUUUGAGGAGCCUGACAAGCUGCACAUCCAGAUGAACGACAUCAUCACGGUCAUCGAGGGCAGGGCCGAGAAUUACUGGUGGCGGGGUCAGAAUAAGCGGACCCUAAAAGUGGGCCAGUUCCCCCGCAACACGGUGACCUCGGUGGCGGGGCUGUCGGCCCAUGACAUCAGCCAGCCGCUUAAAAACAGCUUCAUCCACACAGGCCAUGGAGACACCAACCCUCAGCAGUGCUGGGGGUUUCCCGAUAAAAUUGAUGAGCUGUACCUGGGAAAUCCCAUGGACCCUCCUGAUGUUUUAGGAGUGGACCUGAGCACUGCCAGACCCACCCAGCUCCCAGGAAGGGCUAAAAGGCAGCCACCUCCGCGCCCGCCUCAGCCUUCCAUCCUGCUUACCAGUAAGUCGGGCUGUUCUGGGAGCCGCCAGCUCUGCUCGUGCCCCUUCUCUUCUCUCUUAGCUCCUUUCUUUCGAGAGCCCACCUACGACCCAGUCAGUGAGGAGGACGAGGGUCUGUCAGCCGGCCUCCGGAAGCUCUGUCUGAAGAAGCCAGGCCCAGGGAAGGGCCUGCGGCUUGCCAAGCCCUCUGCCCGCGUGCCAGGCACCAAGGUGGGCGAGCGGCAACCCGGCCGGUCACCCAGCGAGGGACCAACGAGCAGCGAGGUGACUCUCAUUGACUUUGGGGAGGAGGUGCCUCCCACCACCCCUUCACCCAUUGGGGAGCUGACAGCCCCCUCCCUCGCCAAGCUGGCCAUGGAGGCCUUCUCACUGUUGGACAAAACCCCCCCGCAAAGCCCCACGCGAGCCCUGCCCCGGCCCCUCCACCCCACACCCGUGGUGGACUGGGACGCCCGGCCCUUGCCCCCACCACCUGCCUACGAUGACGUGGCACAGGACGAGGAUGACUUCGAGGUGUGCUCCAUCAACAGCCCCCUGGGGCAGCGGGGCAGCCGUGCUGGCCUUCCUAGGGCACGCGAGCGGGGCGAAACCAACUACGGCUUUGUGGAUGAGGGCGAGCGGACAGCAGGGCUGGAGGACAACCUCUUUCUGCCCCCCAAGGACACCAAGCAGCCCAGCCUGACGCAGACUACCGAGAUCUUCCAGGAGCUGCAGCAGGAAUGCAUGAAGAGGUUCAACGUGCCCCAGGGCCCAUCUGCCUGCCUGGCUGAUGACAAACCCCAAAUCCCACCCCGCGUCCCCAUCCCUCCUCGCCCGCUGCGCCGCAAUGAACCUGGGCGUUGGUCUGGAGAGCUGUCCCCAGCUUCAGGGGGUGAAGAGGACCGGCCGCCCCAAAUCCCCCCUCGGGACCCUCUGUCACAGCCCACUUCACGGACGCCCAGCCCCAUGGCCCUGCAGGUGGGCUCCCCACAGCAGCGGGCUGCCCUCUGCUCCUGCCUGUCCACAUCGCCAGGGAAACCCAUGCCCACCACACAGAGCUUCGCCCUGGACCCUAAAUAUGCCACCCCCAAAGUGAUCCAGGCACAGGGCAAGGACUGCUCCAAGGGACCCUGCAUCCUGCCCAUUGUGAAGGAUGGGCAGAAGGUCAGCAGCACCCACUACUACCUGCUGCCUGAGCGCCCUGCCUACCUGGACAAGUAUGAGAAGUUUUUCAAGGAGGCCAAAAGUCCCGAAGAGGCACCAGCAUCCCGUGUGGUCACCACAGCCACAGUCCGGCCCAUGGUGCAGCAGCAGCCUGACUACAAGGCCAACUUCUCCUCCAACAACAGCAACCUUGGGUCCAAGUGCUUGGUGAAAGCUUCCUGCAGCCUACAGAAAAUUGUGUAUGAUGGGCCAGAUGGCUAUCGGCCCUCGGAGAAGAUCCGGCUGGUGCAGGACACGGUGCAUGGUGUCACCACUGAGGAGUGCCAGGCAGCCCUGCAGAACCACGGCUGGAAUGUUCAACGUGCCAUCCAGUACUUGAAGGUGGAGCAGCUCUUCUGUCUGGGGCUGAAGUCCCGUGUGGAGUGCCACCGAGUGCUGGAGAUGUUCGACUGGAACCUGGCACAGGCCAGCUCCCACCUCCUCGACCCCUACAGCUCCUCCAGGCAGAAGCGGUGACAGCAGGGACCAGGUGGAUGAUGCCAGACCCAGAGCAGGUGUUUCACUGUGGGGUCACCUCCCUGAUCCCACCGCCCACUGCUGGACUCUGGACUGAGCCCCACCUGGGGGAUGGGGGCACCCCAAAAGAGAUCCUGCCCAACGAUUGAGACUGUGCCACAACCCUUGUGCCAGGGGGUCUGCACCCCUGGCUGAGGAGAUGAGCUCCGUCCCUUGGCCUGAUGUUGAAUUGUUUUUGUAAAGAGAAAUGUAAUUUUAAUAUAUAUAUAUAUAUUAUAUUAUAUAUCUAUA